GGUUGCAUCAAUUUUGCUCGUAAUCUUAUCAAAAUUCAUUCAAUACGUGCUGACACACAAAAUUUUUGCCUCUGUGUUUGUGUUUUUAUUUCGCCAACGUAGAGCUUAGUUUAUAACAGUUUCGGUUUAGAUUAUUUCGCGCAAACAGGAGAAGUUUAGUUUAGAUCGAAAUUUUAUGUUGUUUGGGUGUCUUGGAUAAAUAAUAAAAAAUAAAAAAAAAAUGACCGGCGACAAAAUUGAGGCGAUGUCCGACGAUCGCGUACGUGACGAACAAUUUUUGAGGCAAUCCGAGCGCGAGGAACGUCGCAUGUGGAUGGAUUUAUUCAUGCUGCUACCAAAAUUCGUAAUUUACUUCGUGAAAUUCUUGUUUCACUUGAUCGUGCCGAAGCGCAUGAAAGACGUGCGAGGACAACUGGCGUUGAUAACGGGCGGUGCGAAUGGAAUUGGGCGCGAAAUUGGCUUGAAUCUCGCGAGACAAGGAUGUAAUAUUGUAAUUUUGGACAUUGAUCUGCCCAUGGCGACAAAAACGGCGAAGGAACUGGAAAUGAUGGGAGUGAAAGCGAAGGCUUACAAAGCGGAUGUCUCCAAAUCGACCGAUAUUGAUGCUCUAAAAGACAAAAUAAAGCAAGAAAUGGGUGUCGUUGAUAUUCUAAUCAAUAACGCAGGAGUCUUUUUCUGCAAGAGUCCCGAGGAAGAAACAGCUGAAAACCUCCAACGGAUGAUCAAUAUCAAUUUAAUGUCCAAUUUUUGGACUUGUCGCGCCUUUCUCCAAGACAUGAUCGAUCAAAAACGCGGGCAUAUCCUCUCCAUUUCCUCAUUUGCUGGUCUUGUGGGACUUCCUACGAGCAUUUGUUACACCGCAUCAAAAUUCGGUGUUCGUGGAUUUGUUGAAGGCCUUGCAAUGGACUUGCAUUUCCGUGGAUUGAGUGAUUGCAUUCGUACCACGACGGUUUUUCCGUAUUUCGUUGAUACAAAUCCCGGGAUUAAAGUUCAUGUCGUUGACAAGUGCGCACACAAAGUCAUGUACGACCCGAAGGUGAUCGGAAAAGAAAUUGUCGAGGGACUUUUGCGGAACGAAGAGGUCAUUACCUUCCCGAGUUUCUGUUUUUACGGGUGUUAUUUGAUGAGUUUUCCGCUCGGAUUGAAACGCCUUGGAGUCAACAUCAUGUCCAAAGUUGGCGAAAAAUCUUUUUAAUGCUGUGCAUUAGUUAAGUUAGAUCAAGUUUUUGUGCGUGAAAUCAGGUUUAGGUUCAAUAUAAUUCGUAAAAAAAAUGAUGGUACCAAGUUUUUUAGAUGACGACGAAA